AUGGGCUUCUUCGCACUCGAAGAAUGGGCGCAAGCCAAUGCCGACUACGAAAAUGCUACUCCUCCCUACUGGCACGCGAAAGUGGUGCCUGACAUCUUCACUGCGGUGUCAGGCAUCCUCUGGUCCAUCUCCUACAUCCUAAUGACGAUCAAGGGUUACAAAGACAAAUCUUACGCCAUGCCCAUCUACUGCCUCUGCCUGAAUAUUACGUGGGAAUUCGUCUUCGGCUUCAUCUACGGGCCGGGACUCGUCAACCAGAUUGUCUUCGCACAAUUUAUGAUCGUGGAUGUCUUCCUAUUCCACUCGAUCUUGAAGUUUGGUCCCAACGAGUGGAGACACCAUCCACUUGUUGCGCGGAAUCUGAGCUGGAUCAUUGUGGUAGGGUGUGCGGUGUGUCUCUGGUUGCAUCUUGCGGUUGCAAGCACGUUUGUGCCCGUGGUGGGGAGACAGGUUGUCUUCUUCACGGCGUGGCCAAUGCAGCUUAUCAUCGGGAUUGGGUGUGUGGCGCAGGUGCUUGCGAGGGGACACGAUGCUGGGCAGUCCAUGGCUAUUUGGUGGACAAGGUUCCUCGGCACGGUUGCGGCUGGGUGCUGCUUCUACUGGCGUAUCUACUAUUGGCCUGAAAGCCAUAUUUCCGACUUAGCGUAUCCGUUUGCGCUAAAUUAUGUGAGGAAAUAUGGCGGUGGAAGGCAGGGUAGGCUCAACGGCAAGUCUGCUUGA